GGGCCCACGACUCACUUUCCUGUGUCACCACCACAGGCAGGCCACCUAGCUCCAGGAGGAGGACCGUGAGGACUCCGAUGAAGAACGGGCUCCGAGGCAGCAAGUCAAACCUUCUUGGGUGGCCUUCAGAAGGGAACAGAGUAAACACCAGAAGGCAACAUCCAGGGUGCCAUUAAGCAAUGAAUAUAGUUUGAAGGAAUUGUCAGGAACAGCAAAUUUGAUGACUGCAAGUGACUCAGAGCAUGCCCAGAAACCAGUGUCCUCUCCUGGAGAAGCAUGUGCCUUUGGAAAGCACACUAGAUGAAAAUCAGAACUCAGGAGAAGGGAAAUGGACAUGAAGAUGUACAGCCUACGAGAAAGAAAGGGCCAUGUGUACCAAGAGGUCGAGUUCCAGGAUGAUGAUUACCUUUAUUGUGAGAAGUGUCAGAACUUCUUCAUUGACAGCUGUGCUGUGCAUGGACCCCCUACAUUUGUGAAGGACAGUGCAGUGGACAAGGGGCAUCCCCACCGCUCAGCCCUCACCCUGCCCCCUGGGUUGAGAAUUGGGCCAUCGGGCAUCCCUGAGGCUGGGCUUGGAGUGUGGAAUGAGGCAGCUGAUUUGCCUGUGGGCCUGCACUUUGGCCCUUAUGAAGGACACAUCACAGAAGAUGAAGAGGCAGCCAAGAGCAGAUACUCCUGGCUGAUCACCAAAGGGAGAAACUGCUAUGAGUAUGUGGAUGGAAAGGACAGAUCCUGGGCCAACUGGAUGAGGUAUGUGAACUGUGCCCGGGAUGAUGAAGAACAGAACAUGGUGGUCUUUCAAUACCACAGGCAGAUUUUCUACCGAACCUGCCAGGUCAUCAGGCCAGGCUGUGAGCUGCUGGUCUGGUGCAGGGACGAGUAUGGCCAGGAGCUGGGCAGCAAGUGGGGCAGCAAGUGGAAGACAGAGCUUGUGGCCAGGAGAGCAGAACCAAAGCCAGAGGUGCACCCAUGUCCCUCCUGCUCUCUGGCCUUCUCCACUCAGAAAUUCCUCAGCCAACAUGUGAAACUCAAUCAUCCCUCUCAGAUUCUCCCAGGAACAUCUGCAAGAAAACACCUCCAAGCAGAGGAACCCUGUCCAGAGGAUCAGAAUCAGCAGCAGCAACAUACUCAUACACACAGCUGGAAUGAUAAGGCUAAAUGUCAAGAGCUCAAAGAAAGGUCCAAACCUUUGCUUAAAAGGAUCAGUCAGAAGAGACUCUCAAGACCCUUUUUCCAACCUUCCAAAGAACAAAUGACAAGCUCUAGUGAGCAUGAGAGAAUGAUGGAGGAAGAGCCCUGCAGAGGCCAGAAGAGAGUCCAGAGGACACAGGCAAGUUAUUUGUGAAAGCAGGAAUGUCAAAAAUUUUAACAAUCCAGCACAGUGGGUGCUGGCAAAGCUUCAAUGAUGGGUCACAUCUCAUCCCACUCCAGAGGACACACUCUGGAGAGAAGCCCUAUGUUUGCAGGGAGUGCGGGCGAGGCUUUACAUGCAAAUCAAGUCUCAUCACACACCAGAGGACACACUUUGGGGAGGAGCCCUAUGUUUGCAGGGAGUGUGGGCAAGGCUUUACACGGAAGUCAAGUCUCAUCACACACCAAAGGACACACUCGGGAGAAGCCCUAUGUCUGCAGAGAAUGCAGGCGAGGCUUUAUAUGCAAGUCAAAUCUCAUAAAACACCAUAGGACACACUCAGGGGAGAAGCCCUAUGUUUGCAGAGAUUGUGGGAGAGGCUUAGCACGGAAGUCGUAUCUCAUCACACACCAGAGGACACACUCAGGGGAGAAGCCCUAUAUUUGCAGGGAGUGUGGGCGAGGCUUUACAUGCAAAUCAAGUCUCAUCACACACCAGAGGGCACACUCAGGGGACAAGCCCUAUGUUUGCAGGGAGUGUGGGCGAGGCUUUACAAGCAAGUCAUGUCUCCUCAGACACCAGAGAACACACACUGGGGAGAAGCCCUAUGUUUGCAGGGAGUGUGGACGAGGCUUUACACAGAAGUCAGUUCUCAUCAGACACCAGAGGAUACACUCAGGGGAGAAGCCCUAUGUUUGCAGGGAGUGUGGGCGAGGCUUUACAUGCAAGUCAGGUCUCAUCAGACACCAGAGGACACACUCGGGGGAGAAGCCCUAUGUUUGCAGGUGACGUGAAUGAAUCAUUACCAUUAAAUCACAUGUUAAUAGCCCUCAGAAGUCUAUAGAACCUUACUCUCCCCAAGAUUGUAAUUAGUACAGAAGUAACUGGUUAAACAAACCCUCCAGUUUCAUGACAAGAGAUGAGAUGGACAAACAGUUCCAUCAGUAAUAUGGGGAUAUCAACAUCAGUGUUUUUCAUGGGUUUUUGAUGGCCUUUUCUGAAAAGUUUUGUCUCCAUACAAAUAUGAAGCCCACAUCCCUCAUUCCGCCAUCACUGAAAGCAGAGAGUUCAGAAAGAGACACCAAGAACUCGUACUCUCAGCCACAGAAAUUUAACCCCUACAAAUGGGUAAGUCUGGAGCCAGUCUACUUUGGUUACUGCCCAGAGAGAGGGAUUUGAGACAGACUCACCUGAGAAGGGAAUUCCCCAGACUCCUGGGAAGUGGGGCCUUUUCUCUUACUAGGCUCCCUACCCUCCUCCCUUGGCUUAUCUUGGCUCUUCUCCUACUUUCCUACAACCUCCGGAGCCUCAGGGGUGAACAGCAGGGAGGGAUGUAUGCUUGUGCACAGAUGUAAGCCUGGCUCAGUCUGGGCACCUGGUCUUCCUCACUCCUUGCUGCCCCUUCAGGGUCAGCAUUUCCUGGUGCACAGCAUACAGAUUCCACAUCAGUCUAUAGUGGGUGUGAGUCUCAGCUCUGUCUUCUCCAGCUGUGUGACCUAAGACCAGAUUCUCAACUUCUCUCUGCCUGCUUCCUAGUCUGUACACUGGAAAUGGGAACUCCAGCCUUUCAGUGUGACAUUCAAAGUUGAGUGAGCACAGACAGAAUCUGGCAGGUGGAUCACUGAGAUCACAAGCCCUGCUGAACAGCCAUCAAUGCCCUUGUCUUCUGGGUCUUUAGCACUGGACAAAGGAAGAUAAGGACAGGGUAGGGAUCUGUAGCCAAACUCAGAUUUUGAGCAAACCCCAUUGCUUUCCCCACAUAGACUCAGCUGCCCUGAGAAGGAGGCAUGAGGUGGAGGAUGUGCCUUCCUCCAGAUUACCACCCUUUCUCUGAGCUUGUGCACUCAGAGCCUCCUCAGCAUAGGCGGGUGGUACUGAAAAUAACCUGUGAAACAAGACCCUCACCCACCCCUUGCUGAGAAACACUGGGAGGAACAUCUGCCCACACUGGUGUGUUAGGUAGGAUAGAUGGUAAGCCAAGGCAGGGAGGAUGAGGAAGACAUGUGUCACCCACUAACUCAGCAGUCCUGACCUUGGGCCAUUUCUAUUGCCAGAUGGUCCAGCAUCACAAGAAACUCCAUGCUACCACAUGGAAAUUCUAGGUAUCAUUUCCACCAUCUGGGAAAGAAAGGCUUUCAAACUAUUCAUCCCAAGGCCUAGAAGAUGGGAGGGGGUCCACAGCACUCAAGGAAAGGACCCAUAAAACAAAACUGGCUGUUUGCCCCUGUCCACUAUCUGUUUUAUGAAGGGUCCCUAAUGUUUACAGAAAGAGCCCAUAGAUAACUUUGGGUGACUGCUUUAACUUUCACUGUCUCCUGUCACAGGUCUGUUUUACAAGAUAACCAAAUGGGGUCUGAAGCCAGAUAAGGAUUUGGGCUACCGACCCCCACACAUACCUACGUUUGAGUAGUCUCAUCCCCCGUGGAAGCUGGCACCACUUUUACCUGUCAAUCAAUAUGUAAGUUCUUUGCCCCCAUCCCAUGAACUAUAUAAGUCCUCAGGACAAAGGACCUGGUGCUCUUGCCAUCCAACUUCUUCCCUUUCACUCCCAUCUCAGCAAGACCUGUCCUCUUCCAUGAGAACGUAUCACUAACAGACCCUGUUUGCACACUAACACACUUGCUGAUCUGUAAUCCUUUACUGCAUUGGCAAGAAGGACCGAGUUUCUCCUGUGACAGGUGCACCCAGUCUGCAAAUGGCAUUCAUGAAGCCUGCAACAUAGGAGCUUCCGUAAUGCACUCUCCUUGUACCUGGGUCCCACAGGGCUUAAUACACCACUGACACCAUCUUGAAAUUAGUACUUACUGUGUCUUUAAACUUUUGUUUGUGAGGUCAAGAGUGAUGGGAUAAUGGACAUGCACAAUGUUGUUCGUUCCUGGCCACCCCUUCCCAGAUAAUGUCCACAAUGGCCCAGGAGGACAAAAUUCCAGUGGGCCCAAUGGUGGGAGUCCAGCAAGACUGAAGGUGAGAACGGGGUAAACGUCUACAUCUGCAUAAGCAUAAGGAAGGGUGCUAGCAGCUCCCAGAGAUCACACUUUUCUUAGAACCAGAGCUGAAUCCAAUACACAGAGAUGGCAAUUAGUGAGGACCCCAUCAUACCCUCUCCUGCAUGAGGGACAUGACCUAAGUAUGACCCACCCUGUGUCUGCUGGGGUGGGUUCACCAAAGGGGGACACCCAUCCCCGUGACCAGGAACAAUGACCUUUCUGUCCUCCCAGUGCCAGGCUUGUGAAGAGUGUCUACAUAAACUAUGUGGAUUUCAAUAAUAAAUACCCACUAUUAUGUUCUUUU